AGAUGUGAAAAUGCACAAACAAUCCAGUGUUAUCAGAGGUAUCACAAUGGCAAUGAAGUUUCUUCUAACCUGUUUUCUUCUAGGAAUCACAUUUUGUCUGGGGAGUCCAGUGAGUCAAUCAUCAAACUGCCAAGAUGGAUAUAUGGAUAGAGUCUGCGGAGAAGAUGAGACACAUCUUUGGCUGGAUAUUGUCGCAGUUGUAGAUAAUUCUAAGGGAAUGACUGAUAAAGGUGUCGUAACUGUUGCUGGACAAAUUGUUUCAUUAUUCGUUGAUGGCCAGCAGCUGGGAAUCGAUCCAAAUCAGCCAAGAACUACAAGAAUCGGAAUUGUAACCUACAACCGAGAUGCAACUGUGGUUGCUGAUCUCAACAAGAUCACAUCAAUCGACCAACUCGCAGAUAUCGUGUUUGGCGCGCUUCAUAAAGCAUCUUCGAUUGCAGACUCAUACUUACAUGCUGGAUUGGAGGCAGCUGAUGAUCUUCUGCAAAGACAAAGUUUUGCUACAAGCAGAGGACAUUAUAAGAAGCUAGUCAUUGUAUAUGCAUCGGAGUACAGUGGGACUGGAACCCAAGACCCUUUACCAUUGGCGACACGUAUGAAGGUUGACGUGGCAAUUGCAACAGUAGCGUACGGCCAAGAUAAUGUUAAUGGUUUUCUUCGACAGCUCUCACAAAUCGCUACGCCCGGAUACAAUUUCACGAAUCAAAAUGGAAUACAGUUGGUCCCCGAGCUUAGAGCUACAAUGGUUCAAGUCAACUGCUAUUGUCCAAACCAAUGGUUCCAAAUGCGUCAGAGCUACUCCGACGAGAGCUCGUUAAAAUACGGAGUCUGCAUUCAUCCGGUCACUCUAGGAGCAACUAGAACUGCGGCAAAGUUGUCUUGCAGAAAUCAAUGGAAUAAUGCGUAUAUGAUCAAUGAGUACACUCAGACAAAACAUGAUUUUACACUUCAAGUUAUUGAAAACAUCACCGCAUUUACACAACCUUAUACUUACUACAUCGGACUGUCUUAUUCAAAUGGAAAUUGGCAAUGGGAGCAGCCAAACGGUCAACCACUUGCCCAACUUCAAACAUGGAGCGACUGGUGCCCGGGAUAUCCGACUGCUUCAUCCACAGACACUGCAGUUGUCAAUGUUCAAUCGUCAUCAUCUUCGGCGAAGACUUGCUGGCAGAAUACAAAGUCAUCUCUGACAAACAUGUACGUCUGCGAAGUAGCAACGUGUGACUCGACUAACUACUGUACAGCUGAAAAAAUUUGAUUUGAUAAAUAAAGUACUUUUAAAAUUUG